AUGGAGUGCUACACAUCAGAUAGUUGCGACAGUGACAGCAGAGAACAAAAAACACUCGACCUAUCUAAUAGGUCGUUGGAUAGUGUCACAAUAACAUCGGAACUGGAGAGCAUAAUCGACGAAAAGGAUUGUGCGGAAAAUUACGAGAUUUUUUUAUUAUAUGGAAAUCGCAUAAAAUCAUUGCCGGAAUCAAUAAAUCAAUUUUGUAACUUGAAAAUACUCGAUGUAAGCAAUAACAGGCUGACCUCGCUCCCAGAUAUUCUCGACAUCUGUCCACUAUCAUCUCUAAUAGCUAAACACAACCAUCUCACUAAUGAAUCCCUACCAAAGAGUUUUUUAAAGACAAGAAAUACGCUCAGAGAACUUAAUUUAAGCGGCAACAGAAUCAAUUUCUUCCCGGAACAAUUACUGCAAUUAACCACACUAAAAUAUCUUUAUUUGGGAGGUAAUGUGAUUAUAAACAUUCCAAAGGAUAUAUGGAAGUUGAACAGUUUGCAGAUAUUAUCUAUAGGGGGUAAUCAAAUCACAGAGGUCCCUGAAUCUGUCGGAGCGUUAACAUCACUUCAAGCUUUGGUUCUAAGUGACAAUCAAAUAGAACAACUCCCAUCAAGCAUAGCCAAUUUGAAGCAACUCAGAUCACUGAAGAUUGAUAAAAACAGACUUAAAACAUUACCAACUCAGAUAAUAAAAUUGAGAUGCCUGACUGAGCUGAGCCUACGUGAUAACCCUCUCGUCGUGAGAUUCGUUCGAGACAUGACAUUGCAGCCACCAUCUUUACUUGAACUGGCUGGUCGAACUAUCAAGCUGCAUCAGAUACCAAUCAAGCCUGGCGAUGUACCGGCUACGCUUAUCAAAUAUUUAACAUCAGCCCAGUGUUGUGUUAAUCCAAAAUGCAAAGGUCACUUUACUAGUUACGCUUUAUAUAUAUUCUCUAUUUUGUACACCACAACUUGGAAAAGUGUAUUCUUCAACAACAGAGUAGAACAUAUAAAGUUUGUUGAUUUUUGUGGAAGAUAUCGCAUACCACUGCUGCAAUAUCUUUGCAGUUCAAGAUGCAUAACCGGCAGUUGGGAAAGUCGUGAAGUGGACAACAUCACACCUUCACACAUGAUGAGAAAAGUUCUAUUGGGAUAG